AAAGAUAAACCAAAAUGGUAAAGCAUUGUGGCUUUUUCCAAAAUCUUUUAUUAAAACAUCUGCAUUUUUUGCAGAUUUUUUGUUGUGUUCCUCAAAGACAACUCCCCUUGGCCAAUGUUAAUAAAUCCAUCUAUAAAGCUUAGUAAGAUGGAAGAUGAAACCCCUAUUUCAUUCACUCAGGGGCAUAGUGUAUCACACAGGACAAUCUAGUGGAAGUCGUUGGUAGACAGUAGACAUUAAUGGUUGAGGGAGUCACAUCUUAGGGGCCACUAAUUACUGUUUUAUACCAAAAUAUACAUUUUUAACUUGACAACAAUCUCAAGUCUCCUGGAAAAGGAUUGAUUAUAUUCAAUAUAUGAUGUUUACUAAGAAAGGACAUGUUAAAUAUAUAUAAGAAAGAUGCUCAAUAUUAAAAUUUAAAGGAAUGGACUUUAUGAGUUAACCUUCAAUUAUCUGACAUUUUAUUCACUGAUAUUUACUUAGAGUUUAUGUUGGUUUGGCUAAUACUGAGCUCUCUAAUAAGAUGUAAUGUCAUAGAAUACAUUCCUUGUGCCAAUUACAAAUAAAAAAUAGUUCAGAUGACCAAGCCCUAACUUAAAUAUAGGGCCUUUGGUUGUUAAAGGUGACCAGGUGAGUGGUUAAAUAGCUCAAGAAAAAGAAAGUCCAGCUAUCUUAAGAACUGGGGUAAAACAUCAAAGCCCUAUUCUCUAUGACAAUAAGCAGGCAGUAUGAAGAAUGUCAUAAAUUUCAUAUUCUUUGGUUUAUUAACAGAACAUAAAGUUUCAAUAUAAGUAGAGUCUUGUGGAUCGAGAAAGGAAAGAUAAGUUAUUAUAAGCAAGUUCAUGAAAAAAUAGGGGAAUUAUGCUUAAUGGUGUGUAUAUGUAUACAGCUAGAAACAUUUAGACUAUUACAGUGAAAGUUCUUAAAGUGUCAUGAUUUUCAUGUGUUAUGAAUGACAUCAAAUGACUCUUAAGGCAUACGUUACAGAAAGGACAAUCUUUAGAGAUUAUUAUUUAGAAAUAAUUCUGUUUCUAAAAAAUGCAUUCUAUGAAUCUACAAGAAAUGAUUUUGUCAUCUUAUUUUACUAUACUGUGAAUGUGUUGAACACAGAUUUUUAAUGGAACAAUUGUAGCUCUUUUAAUGGAACAAUUGCAAAUGUUUAUUAAAACAUUUGCAUUUUACUGUGAGUUUUUUGUUCUGUGCUCAGAACUGCUGUGGCCAACGUUAGUAAAUCUACCUUUCUAUUUCAGGAACUUGAAAAAUUGAAUAACGUAAUGGGGUCUAAUUGUGUUUACAGUCAACACAGUAUUGAUAUAAGCAAAAGAAGGACACUUAUGUUGCAUAAUAAGGGCUCAUGUAAUCAAAGAAGUUUCUUUGUUGUGUGUAUCUUUACAGAACACAACAGGAAUUGAAAAUGAAUCAGAACACUACUGAGCCUGUGGCAGCCACUGAGACACUGGCCGAGGUACCUGAACACGUGCUGCGAGGACUUCCAGAGGAAGUGAGGCUUUACCCAUCUGCUGUUGACAAGACCCGGAUUGGUGUCUGGGCCACUAAACCAAUUUUAAAAGGCAAAAAGUUUGGGCCAUUUGUUGGUGAUAAGAAAAAAAGAUCUCAGGUUAAGAAUAAUGUAUACAUGUGGGAGGUAUAUUACCCAAAUUUGGGAUGGAUGUGCAUCGAUGCCACUGAUCCAGAGAAGGGAAACUGGCUGCGAUAUGUGAAUUGGGCUUGCUCAGGAGAAGAGCAAAAUUUAUUUCCGCUGGAAAUCAACAGAGCCAUUUACUAUAAAACUUUAAAGCCAAUCGCGCCGGGCGAGGAGCUCCUGGUCUGGUACAAUGGGGAAGACAACCCCGAGAUAGCAGCCGCGAUUGAGGAAGAGCGAGCCAGCGCCCGGAGCAAGCGGAGCUCCCCGAAGAGCCGGAAAGGGAAGAAAAAAUCCCAGGAAAAUAAAAACAAAGGAAACAAAACCCAAGACAUACACCUGAAGACAAGUGAGCCAGAUUCCACCUUUGCAAAUAUGAGAGAUUCUGCGGAAGGUCUUAAAGAAGAGGAGGAGAAGCCUUCAGCUUUGGCACUUGAGCAGCCAGCCGAUCUUCAGGAGGUGGCUGGUCAGGAUGUGCUGCCAGAACUGGUAACCCCUCCCCCUGCCUGCGAGCUGCAACCAGAACCAGACGAGAAAUUAGAAGCAACAAACUGUGAGGUGAAUGAUUUGGAGGAAGAGGAGGAGGAGGAGGGAGAGGAGGAGGAGGAAGAAGAAGAAGAUGAUGAAGAUGAGUUGGAAGAAGACGGGGAGGAGGAAGCUGACAUGCCAUGUGAAAAUUCUGUAAAAGAGCCAGAAAUACGAUGUGAUGAGAAACCAGAAGAUUUAUUAGAAGAACCAAAAAAUAUUUCAAAAGAAGUUCUUGAAGACUCUCCAGAAGUAACACCUGUUAUCAAAAUCCCUAAAACUAAGGAAGAGGCCAAUGGUGAUGUAUUUGAAACAUUUAUGUUUCCUUGCCAGCACUGUGAAAGGAAGUUUACAACCAAGCAGGGGCUGGAGCGUCACAUGCACAUCCACAUAUCUACGGUCAAUCACGCUUUCAAAUGCAAGUACUGUGGGAAAGCUUUUGGCACACAGAUUAACAGGAGGCGGCAUGAGCGGCGCCACGAAGCAGGGUUAAAGCGAAAACCCAGCCUGACACUGCAGCCAUCAGAGGACCCAGCUGAAGGCAAAGUAUCUGGAGAAAAUGUUACUCAGAAAGAUGAAUUGAAUCCUCCCAAUCUUGGGCAAGACUGUCUGAUUGUGAGUUCAGAGAAAGCUUCCCAAGAAACGGUAAAUUCUUCUAUUUUAGAAGAGAAUGGGGAAGUUAAAGAACUUCAUCCAUGCAAAUACUGUAAAAAGGUUUUUGGAACUCAUACUAAUAUGCGACGGCAUCAGCGUAGAGUUCAUGAACGCCAUCUGAUUCCCAAAGGUGUACGGCGAAAAGGAGGCCUUGAAGAGCUGCAGCCUCCGGUAGAGCAGGCCCAGCCCACCCAGAAUGUCUACGUCCCCAGCACAGAGCCAGAGGAAGAGGGGGAAGCAGAUGACGUGUACAUCAUGGACAUUUCUAGCAAUAUCUCUGAGAACUUAAAUUACUAUAUUGAUGGUAAAAUUCAAACUAACAAUACCACCAGUAGCUGUGACGUGAUUGAGAUGGAAUCUAAUUCGGCAGAUUUGUAUGGUAUAAAUUGUCUGCUCACUCCAGUUACAGUGGAAAUUACUCAAAAUAUAAAGACCACACAGGUCUCUAUAACAGAUGAUCUUCCUAAAGAACCUUCCAGCAGCACAAACAGUGAGUCUAAGAAACGGAGAACUACUAGUCCACCCGUGCUACCCAGAAUUAAAGCUGAAACAGAUUCUGACCCCGUGGCCCCCUCGUGUUCCUUAAGUCUGCCUCUAAGCAUAUCAACGACAGAGACAGUGUCUUUCCAUAAAGAGAAAAGUGUUUAUUUGUCAUCACAGCUCAAACAGCUUCUUCAAACCCAGGAUAAACUAACUCCUCCUGCAGGGAUUUCAGCAACUGAAAUACCUAAAUUAGGUCCUGUUUGUGUGUCUGCUCCUGCAUCCAUGUUACCUGUGACCUCCAGUAGGUUCAAGAGGCGAACCACCUCUCCCCCCAGUUCUCCACAGCACAGUCCUGCCCUUCGAGACUUUGGGAAGCCAAGUGAUGGGAAAGCAGCAUGGACCGAUUCGGUUCUGACUUCCAAGAAACCCAAAUUAGAAAGUCACAGUGACUCACCAGCCUGGAGUAUGUCUGGGAGAGAUGAGAGAGAAACUGUGAGCCCUUCGUGCUUUGAUGAAUAUAAAAUAUCUAAAGAGUGGACAGCCAGUUCUAGUUUUAGCAAUGUAUGCAACCAACAGCCGCUGGAUUUAUCCAGUGGUGUCAAACAGAAGGGUGAGGGUACAGGCAAGACUCUGGUCCAGUGGGAAUCUGUAUUAGAUCUCAGUGUGCAUAAAAAGCCUUGUAGUGACUCCGAAGGGAAGGAAUUUAAAGAAAAUCAUUCAGUACAGUCAGCCUGUAGUGCUGUAAAGAAAAAGAAACCAACCACGCGCAUGCUACAGAAGGUUCUUCUCAAUGAAUAUAAUGGCGUUGAUUUACCUGUAGAAAACACUGCAGAUGUGGCCAGGAGCCCAAGUCCUUGCAAGUCCCUAGAAGCCCAGCCAGAUCCUGACCUUGGCCCUGACUCUGGCUUCCCUGCCCCGACUGCUGAGUCCUCCCCUGGUGUUCGUCCUUCAUCACCUGCCCUGCAGCCGUCUUCCCAUUCUUCCAGUCAGCUGCCUCCUCUCUUGGUCCCCACAGAUCCCUCUUCUCCUCCACCCUGUCCUCCGGUAUUAACUGUUGCCACUCCGCCUCCUCCCCUCCUUCCUACCAUACCUCCUCCAGCCCCCUCUUCCGGCACAUCUCCUCAUCCAUGUCCCUCGCCACUCUCGAAUGCCACCGCACAGUCCCCACUCCCAAUUCUGUCCCCUACGGUAUCUCCCUCUCCCUCUCCCAUUCCCCCUGUGGAGCCUCUUAUGUCUGCUGCUUCACCGGGGCCUCCAACACUUUCUUCUUCCUCCUCCUCCUCAUCUUCCUCUUCAUUCUCUUCCUCGUCCUCCUCUUCCCCUUCUCCGCCUCCUCUUUCUGCAGUAUCAUCUGUAGUUUCCUCUGGUGAUAAUCUGGAGACUUCUCUCCCCAUGAUGUCUUUCAAACCGGAGGAAUUAGAGAAUGAAGAUCUGAAACCCAGGGAAGAACCCCAGUCUGCUGUUGAACAGGAUAUCGUUCAGGAAACAUUCAACAAAAACUUUGUUUGCAAUGUCUGUGAAUCACCUUUUCUUUCCAUUAAAGAUCUAACCAAACAUUUAUCUGUUCAUGCUGAAGAAUGGCCCUUCAAAUGUGAAUUUUGUGUACAGCUUUUUAAGGAUAAAACUGAUUUGUCAGAGCAUCGCUUUUUGCUUCAUGGAGUUGGAAAUAUCUUUGUGUGUUCUGUUUGUAAAAAAGAAUUUGCUUUUUUGUGCAAUUUGCAGCAGCACCAGCGAGAUCUCCACCCAGAUAAGGUGUGCACACACCACGAGUUUGAAAGUGGGACUCUGAGGCCCCAGAACUUCACAGAUCCCAGCAAGGCCCAUAUAGAGCAUAUGCAGAGUUUGCCAGAAGAUCCAGUAGAAACUUCUAAAGAAGAGGAAGAGUUAAAUGAUUCCUCUGAAGAGCUUUAUACAACCAUAAAAAUAAUGGCUUCUGGAAUAAAGACAAAAGAUCCAGAUGUUCGAUUGGGUCUUAAUCAGCAUUACCCAAGCUUUAAGCCACCUCCAUUUCAGUACCAUCACCGAAAUCCCAUGGGUAUCGGUGUGACAGCCACAAAUUUCACUACGCACAAUAUUCCACAGACUUUUACUACUGCCAUUCGCUGCACAAAAUGUGGAAAAGGUGUUGACAACAUGCCUGAGUUACACAAACAUAUCCUGGCAUGUGCUUCUGCAAGUGACAAGAAGAGGUAUACUCCUAAGAAAAAUCCAGUACCGUUGAAACAAACUGUACAACCCAAAAAUGGUGUGGUGGUUUUAGAUAACUCUGGGAAAAAUGCCUUCCGGCGAAUGGGACAGCCCAAAAGGCUGAACUUUAGUGUUGAGCUUAGCAAAAUGUCAUCGAAUAAGCUUAAAUUAAAUGCAUUGAAGAAAAAAAAUCAGCUUGUACAGAAAGCAAUCCUUCAAAAAAACAAAUCUGCAAAGCAGAAGGCUGACUUGAAAAAUGCUUCUGAGUCAUCUUCUCACAUCUGCCCUUACUGUAAUCGAGAGUUCACAUACAUUGGAAGCCUGAAUAAACAUGCUGCUUUCAGCUGUCCCAAAAAGCCCCUUUCUCCUCCCAAAAAAAAAGUUUCUCAUUCAUCCAAGAAAGGUGGACACUCAUCACCUGCAAGUAGUGACAAAAACAGUAACAGCAACCACCGCAGACGGACAGCAGAUGCAGAGAUUAAAAUGCAAAGCACGCAGGCUCCUUUGGGCAAGACCAGAGCCCGCAGCUCAGGCCCCACCCAAGUCCCACUGCCUUCCUCGUCGUCCUUCAGGUCCAAGCAGAAUGUCAAAUUUGCAGCUUCAGUUAAGUCCAAAAAACCAAGCUCCUCCUCUUUAAGGAACUCCAGCCCGAUAAGAAUGGCCAAAAUAACUCAUGUUGAUGGGAAAAAACCCAAAGCUGUGGCCAAGAAUCAUACUGCCCAGCUCUCGAGCAAAACCUCCCGGAGCCUGCACGUGAGGGUGCAGAAGAGCAAAGCUGUUCUACAAAGCAAGUCCACCCUGGCGAGCAAGAAAAGAACAGACCGGUUCAAUGUAAAAUCCAGAGAGCGGAGUGGGGGGCCAGUCACCCGAAGCCUUCAGCUGGCAGCUGCUGCUGACCUGAGUGAGAGCAAGAGAGAGGACGGCAGCGCCAAGCAGGAGCUGAAGGACUUCAGCUACAGCCUCCGCCUGGCGUCCCGAUGCCCUCCGCCAGCAGCUCCGUACAUCACCCGGCAGUACAGGAAAGUCAAGGCCCCGGCUGCAGCCCAGUUCCAGGGACCCUUCUUCAAAGAGUAGACGCUCCGCCUGCUCCCUGACAGCACCUGAAGUGACCUGGAAUCAGUGAAGCCAAAGGGACUGCAGUCUGCCCCGCAGGGAGUAGCGACCUGUCCCCGUUGUGUGCGCCGCGAGAGAGGGGGAGUGCGUGUGCGCGUGUGGGUGCGCGAGUGGUCUUCAAGCAAGGGCCCUGACCCGGGGAGGCAGGAAGGCGGCCGACUCCACGCCGCCCUCUGGGAUGAUACUCGGAGGGGGCAGGCCUGGCGCCGAGUCCCGCAGCUCAGCCUUCCUGCUGGGGCGGGGCCUCUCCUACUAUGCAAUUUUCCAAGAGCUCCUUGACCCUGGUUUUUGCUUCUCGAAUUAUCUGUUGCCAUUUUGGGGGACUUUGGUCCAGUCUGAGGAAGGCCUUGAGGAGGAGGUCAAGUUCCCUUUCAGUACCACCCCUUUCCCUCGCCUCCCGUCUCCCCACAACACCUCUGGGAAUCAAUAACAUACAGACGCCUUGAGACACGAGCCUGAGCCCUGCCCGUGGCCCCAGCACUUGGAAACCCCCUUCCUUGCCUGAGCAAUUGAGCUGCUGGCUCUCGAGUCGCUUCCAGAUUUGAAAUUCUCAUCAGUCCAUUGCUCUCGAGUCUCUGCAGAGAACGCCCAAAGCAGGUGCCCCUGGGAGGAAGACCUCGUCCCCACUGUCACGCCAUUCCCUCCCUCGGGAGGGGCGGUGGAUGGGGCCUCACUGGGUGGGACCGUCACACCUUCCGUGUCUGAGCUCCUCAGAUUCGCUGCAAAGGGAAACAAACAAAUUGGGAAAUGAAAAAAAAAAUGGAAGGAUUAAAAAGCACGGGGAAGAAAAAGAGAUUUCCAGAGGCUGUAAAUGGCCUGCCAGGGGCUGCCGGGGUGGACCCCUGCUCUCGGGGGGUCAGUCCACGUCUUGGAGAAACACAUGAGCUGAGCUUGGAGUUUGGACCCAGCUCAGCCAGGUGGUUGGGUUUUGUGCCUUCGGGGCAGACUCCAGACGAGGACAUCUGAGACCACUUGGGUGCUGUGUUCUCAGCCCCGAUCUCAGUCGUGCUGUGUCAGACCCAAAGUGGAAGGAGGGAAGGUUGGCGAGCGCGAGUUGUCACACAAUAAAGGGAUUUUCUUUUUCAGGGCUACUAUGGUUGAUCUUGCAACUCUGUAAAUAUGUACGUAAACACUUUUAAAAGCACGUAUUUAUGUCCCUGACUGUAAAUGCCCCGUUUUUAAAGUUUUAUAACUUGUGUUAUUUAAUUACUCAGUCUACUGGCAGCAGUAUGGGGUCUGACAAGGGUCCGGGAGAAGGGUCUCGUGAGAUCCUCACAUGGGCAGAAAAAUGCUGAGCAUUGGCCGGAGUCACGGUUUUCCUAUUUCCAACUAAAAACCGUUGUUUGCUUUUAAUUUUUUAUGAACUGGAGUCCUUUUGCCCGCUCCUGCAAUUAACCCUCACGAGCAUGAAGAGCUGUGGCUGCCCCCACCCUCUCGAUACAGUUUUGUCGCGUAAAUGUCCACGUCCAUGAACCAUCCCCAUCAGCAGGGAGGAAACGCAAACCCAAAGCCUCGAGAGGCACCUUCAUCCCACGGCGAAUUCUGGGAAAUGUUGUUGAGCCCUUGGGGGAGAUUUUUUUUGCCGCAUGUGCAAAUGUGCUGGUCACCUUUCGACACUCCCACGCUGUCAGGAAAACUGUUCCAAUGGUGUGUGUGUGGGGGUGGUCAGCGAUGGUCUCAAGUGUGGGUGAGGGGCGCGGAGGAAGACAGCUCUGUCUCUGCCAUGUGAAGAAAACGGACAAUAAACGUGUGAAGAGCCAUCGUGA